AGAAAGAGAUUCAAGGAAAUAAAAAAAGUAUCAGCCAGCACAGAAGAAAAAAAAAAAAUAAUUAGGAUAAAAGGGUUAGAAUCCCGCUGUCUCGUCCAUCUCAACGAAACCUUUUCUGUUUCAAAAGAAAAAAAAAAUAUUCGAUAUGCCAUACCACAUUGAAUAUGCAAAGAGUGGUCGAUCCAAGUGUAAGGGUCCUAAGAAGACGUGUCAAUCGGAGGAUCGGAGCAUCAAGUCUGGCGACCUCCGUCUCGGUUCGGAGAUAGAGGGUGGACAAUUUACAGGAGUCGCAUGGCGUCACUGGAAGUGUACCACCCCCAAGGUGCUUGAAAACCUCCAAUCGCUUGACAGUGUUGAAGAAGACUUGAUUGGAUUUAGUGACCUUCAUGAAGAGGAUCAGGAACGAGUAAAGACUGCUCUUGAGGAGGGUCAUGUUUCAGAAUCCGAAGAACCAGAAGGUGACGAAGAAGAGAAAAAGGAAGAGAAGCCAAAGGCCAAAGCUACUGGGAAGAAGGCAGCCGCCAAAAAAGACGACGAAGCAAAGCCCAAGAAAGGAUCCAAGGCAAAGACCGAAGACCAAGAAAAGCCCGAACCUAAGAAGCGUGGUCGCAAGGCUGCUGCUCCCAAGGACGACGGCGAAGAGGCUCCUAAGCCAGCUCCUAAAAAGAGAAGGAACGACAGCAAGGACGAAGAACCCACGGCAACCAAAAAAAGAGCUACAAAGAAGACCACCUAAUGUUGUCGUAGUUAGCUAUUGCUUUUUAUUUCUAUUGCAAAUGAUUUGCUCAUAAAAAGGAAUCCACCAUUCAACAACGUGACUUGAAGGUGGAAAGGAGGGAUUCAAGGC